AUGGCAGUCAGAUGUGAAGCUCGUUUAGCUUCCGUUAUGUUCGUGCAAGUCCUACGUGAAAUUAUUCAGAAUGCAGAUGAUGCAGGGGCCUCGAAGGUAUCCUUCCUCCUUGAUUCGCGCCCAAGCUUCUACGGAAGGGACUCUUUGUACGAGCCCAGCCUUGCUCAGUUCCAGGGUCCUGCGUUAUAUGCACAAAACAAUGCUCUCUUUGAGGAAGGUGACUGGGAAAACCUGGAAAGGCUAAUGAGAAGCAGUAAGAAAGAUGACCCGUUAAAAGUGGGCCGAUUUGGCAUAGGCUUUAACUCUGUUUAUCACAUGACGGGUGAGUUCUUGAAAAGGGAAAUUAUUCAGAAUGCAGAUGAUGCAGGGGCCUCGAAGGUAUCCUUCCUCCUUGAUUCGCGCCCAAGCUUCUACGGAAGGGACUCUUUGUACGAGCCCAGCCUUGCUCAGUUCCAGGGUCCUGCGUUAUAUGCACAAAACAAUGCUCUCUUUGAGGAAGGUGACUGGGAAAACCUGGAAAGGCUAAUGAGAAGCAGUAAGAAAGAUGACCCCCGAGAUCCUAAUGCUGCCGUGUACGUUUCAUCGGCCACCCAUCCGCGUUCCCUUUUCCACAACAUGGAGAGUAAGUUCCUCGACAGCGAAGAACAAUCCCCGGCGCUUAAGUAUUUGUCAGAGGCUGCUUCUGAUGCAAGCAAUCCAAACAUCGUCUAUCCUUUGCAGCUCGUCAAACUUAACAAAACCAUCGCAGUUAAUCUUCUACGACAAAUGUUGCCUCCAAGUUGGUUUGGAGCAGAUCAUCUGGUUUCAUGGAAUCCAGGCAUAAACGGGCAUCCGCCAGAAACCUGGUUGGAGUUUGUAUGGAGAUGGAUCCAAAAUGUUUUUGCUACUGAUCUCUCCUCUUUUCAUGACUUCCCUCUCAUUCCUCACGCAUGUGCGGGACGUCGCAGCAUAGUGAAGCUUAAGACAUCGAGUUUGGCUAUCAGACAACACAACCAGGGUCUAUCUUUACAGCCACUUAUUGUUUCCUUGCUUGGAAAAAUGGGCUGCAUUGUUCUGGUAAGCCUUCCACCUUACGUACGUCACAAUGCCUUACACAAGUACAUCGCCUCUCCCAACAUUCAAGGCGUCCUGAGAAUCUUUCAAGCACUUGGCAAAGACAGAUGUGUUUCGAUGAUUUCCUGCUGUUCAGCAGACGAGAAACGAGCACUAAGAAGAUUUCUCUCUUCAGAGUAUUUCAGUCCUGAUCAAAUAGGCCUCCUGCUGCACCUGCCGAUUUUUGACGCAGCUGAUGGAACAUCCUUCAUUCCUGUAAUGGAAGGAUGGCAAGUCCGUACGGUUUUUCCAUAUGGUUUCCAGCUUCCUCAUUCCUUGCCAGUUCCCAAUGCUUCCAGAAUCAUACAUCUAAAGGAUUCCGAGUCGUAUACUCUUCUUCAAAGGCUUGGAAUCUCUGUGACGAUCCCAGCAACCUUCCUGAUCCCCUUAGAGGUCCGAUGGAACAGAAGCCUCAUGGAAGAUGCAGUAUCCCAGGCUUACUUUCAGGUUCUAGAGAACACGAUGCGUAUGCACAAGCAAGGAAAGAUUCCGUCAUACGACAGUUUCUCCCUUUGGCCAAAUCCAGAGACGCUCCAAUCAUCGGCAUGGGCACCACUCAUAAAAAGCGUUUAUCAACGAAUCGCAACUUCUGAUCUUCCAUUGGUUCUCAUAGAAGGGGACUGGAGUCCCGUAACCCAAUGCAUUUAUCGAGACGUCGAGUUGCAGAAAAUUCCGAAAAGCGAGAAAGUUCUGGCAAUGCUUGAUUACAAAGUAGUCCCACUUCCAGACUUCGCAAGAAAAGGCUUUCAACAGGCUGGGUGUAUCGAGAUGAUUGAAGAGCGGACAAUGACUCAGCAGAAUUUUUUGAAAGAUGUCUUUUUCCCAAACAUGUUGACGAUACCUGGUGAUCUACGAGAUUCCAUUGUGCUUUACCUGAUUGACGAAUGCCUUCGAGGACAUUCAAGCCAUCGAUCGGAUCUUGUCACACUAUACAAGUCUUUGCUUUCAACCAAUCGUUGUAUCCCUUGUGGGCCGUGCGAGGGAGAUUUGGCAUCUCCAAAAGAACUUAUAUCCCCUAUAAGUACGGGGGCGACUUUGUUCUCAGAAGAUGAAAAGAGAUUCCCGUUUGGCUCGGGUUAUCGCACCAAAGAGCGCCUUCUCAUGCUUGAAAACAUGGGCAUGGCAUCGGACAUCCUUGACUGGAAGACUUUACUAGAGCGAGCAAACACGGUGCCAGUGCUUUGUGUUAAAGCCGAACAAGAUGCUCGAGAAAGAGUUGCCCGUCUUGUGAACUACAUAAAUGUUCAUCUUCACAAACUUGACCCUCCCACAGAAUGGAUGAAAUCAGAGUUAGUGAGAGUGAGCAUGUUUCCAGUUCUGAACAAACCGGUACACAGUGCAAUGCCUUGGAGAGGUUCCCAUGAAUACACAAAUGGAAACGUCAUGCUUCAGGCCGAAGAAAUGUAUGGUGAGGAAUACAAGUUUAUCGCAGGGUCCUCAAGGCCAAUCCUAGACGAAAGCGAGGGACUUGGCUGUGGAAAACUAAACAAGCAAACGCGAGAUCUUUUUGGCUUUGGUUGCCGUAAACCAUCAUUCCAAGAAGUUCUUAACCAGUUGGACCAUGCUAUUCAGGCAACACUGCACUCACCCGGUGAAGCCAAUAGUUUUGAAUAUGUUUUCCAUAGCAUAUAUGAUUUCUUUCAAGAACUUCUUUCGGAAAAAGAUGGUGAGGAGAUUGUUGAAGAGUUGAAAGAUAGAUGUUGGAUACUUACCCAAGGAAAAUGUCUCUCGUCCGACCAGCUUGCUUUCAAGUGGGAAAGAUCUGGCGAACCUUACCUUUACGAGGUACCAAAGACUCUCGCCGACAAAUAUCGUCGCCUGUUUCAAGCCACAGGAGUAAAAGAUUUUUUUUCCACCGAAGACGUCAUUCGUACCCUUUACAGACUCAGCGAGGAUAAGUGCGGGGAGUGUCUAUCUGCGACAGAAUUCAAAGUUACAAGGUCUUUCAUCGAGGAGCUGUUAGAAGCUCCGGAGCAUCUACUUCAAAUUGAGAAGGGCAAGAUUCCUUUACCAGACCAUAACCUGUUUCUACAGCCCGCUGAGAAAUUGGCCAUUAAUGACGCACCGUGGAUCACAGCAAGACGUGGUACCGCCUAUGUUCACGAGCACAUUUCCAUCGAUUUUGCCUACAAGCUGGGCGCGACUGAUAUUCGCGCAAAGAAACUAGCUGACAAAUCACGUCCAAUCGGAAAGCCAUUCGGCCAGCGAGAGGAGCUAACUGAUCGUUUGAAAGGUAUUUUAAAAGCCUAUCCAUGUGACGUUGGGAUACUGAAAGAGCUUGUCCAAAACGCUGACGACGCGGGUGCCACCGAGUUGCACUUUAUUUACGACCCUCGAAGCCAUCCCUCGGAACGCCUUUUAAGUAACAACUGGAAGGAACUUCAAGGACCUGCCUUGUGCGUAUAUAACAACCGACCAUUCUCAGAAAAGGAUUUAGAAGGGAUUCAAAGACUGGGAAUUGGAAGUAAAACGGAAGAUCCCACAAAGACGGGACAGUACGGGAUUGGUUUUAACGCUGUGUACCACCUAACCGAUUGUCCAAGUUUUAUAUCGAAUGGAGACACGCUUUGUAUUCUUGACCCUCACUGUCGCUAUGCCCCUGGAANUAACAGGCUGGCCACUCCAUGUGAUGUUCUCGAUCCACAACAACCCGUUUUGCGACAACUUUUUGAAGACGACAACAACAAGUUUCCACAUAACGACUUCGCCAAAGAUGACAUUCUCCAGCCUCUUCGACAACUUGGAAUGAGGAGUGUUCCAAAUGCAGACGACAUUUUGCAUGUUGCCCAGACAUUAUGCAAUAUCCCUCUUGAUGUGGCAUCACGUAAAGCAUCAGCACUAUUAGAGUUUCUAAACACUAACCCGCUUUUACUGAACUCAAACAAGACCUUGGUUCAAGCUCUAAUGAAAGAGAGGUGGAUCCAACGAAUGCAGAAUCGUCCUGCUUCCUACCCUUGCGUCAUGCCUUGGUUUUCAGGGAAAGCACAGUUCUUCAAACCGUCUGAUGUGCUAAGUCAGUCUAAAGCCAAUCUUGCAGGAGCAUCGUUUCCUCUUGUCUCCAGGCCUUGCACACGAGCACUGGAGAAUGUUUUCGGUUGGGACAAGUCACCCGCCGCCCACCACCUCAUAGACCAGCUGCGCUCUGCCUACGUUGUGUCAUUAAAUGACAUGAAUACGACUGACAGGUAUCAUUUUCAAGCAAUGUUAAAACAGAUCUACGAGGAAGCAUCCACCUAUCCUAACUUCACUUGGAUGAUAGGACAAGAUGUUAGCUUUUCUGCGUGGGUAUGGCACGGAAACGGAUUUACAUCACCGUCCAAGAUGGCAUUUGUUUCACCUUGCAACUUCGACUUGAAGCCUUACUUAUUUACAGUUCCACAAGACUUUGAGGCCCUCCGUUCGUUUUUCCAACAAUGUGGUGUUCGUGAGAGAUUUAACGAAACAGACCUGCUGGGUGUCCUCGCAAUGAUAAAGGAUAAGCACGACGCAAGCAAUGAUAUGAGAAAUGUAGCGGAUGACCGAAAAUUGUCAUGCGACAUUCUGCAAUGGAUGGUAAAAGAUGGAAAGUCACUGAAUUCAGAGCUCCGUAGAAACCUGUUGGUGCCAGUAAUGACCUGGGAUAACACCUUAAAGAUGGUUCCAUGCAACGACUGCACAUUCUGCGACGCAGGUUGGUUGAGGAAAGGAGGUUCAGAACUUCCAAUCACAAGUCAGUUUCCUAUGAUUCAUGACAGCAUAUCUACGAAAACCGCUGAGCUUCUGGGUGUUCCACCUAUUAGCACGCGUGUCACGUGCGCGGAGGCACUAGGUAUCGAACAAACAGGCCCUCACGAGCCAAUUACAACCAGGCUUAAGAAUAUUCUGAACGAGUACAAAGAAGGUGUUGGUGUUUUCAGAGAACUGGUACAGAAUGCAGAUGACGCUGGUGCAACUGAAGUGCAGUUUGUUCUCGACUGGCGCAGCCAUCCAACCGAAAGGGUCUUGUCAUCAGGUAUGGCAGACUGUCAAGGUCCCGCCUUGUUAGUGUACAACAACGCAGUUUUUACAGACGACGAUUUGCAGAAUAUAUCGAAGUUGGCAGGGGCCACAAAAAAAGAAGACCUGGAAAAGAUCGGCCGUUUUGGACUUGGUUUCAGUUCAGUCUACCACUUCACUGAUGUUCCAAGUUUCAUCAGCAGAAACUACGCCGUGUUCUUUGAUCCACACAGAACACACCUUGGGGUGCAUAUACCUGAUGCCUCAAAACCUGGAAUCAAGAUAAAUUUGGCUGUCAAUCCACACAGUCUAAGCUGCUUUCCCCACCAAUAUCUCCCUUACAACGGGCUAUUUGGCUGUGACACGACUUCACCAAGUAGUACGUCUGGGAAGUUUUAUUUUGAAGGAACUCUGUUUAGAUUUGCCUUCCGAACAAAGAGAGGAGAAAUCUGCGAUAAGAUCUACAACAGACAGGAGAUACAAACCCUUAUGCAUUCUUUUCAAGAAUCGUCGUCAAGCUUGCUCUUGUUUACACAGAAUAUAAAAAGGGUAACAUUCCUUGAGGUGGAAGAGAAUGUCCUUGAUCCAAGAAACGCGCGACUACUGUUUGAAAUUUCGAAAGAAACAGCGAACGUACGUCAACCAGACAAACCUCUGGUGGAGAACACAUUUCUCCAUUCAUGCGCAGAAUGGACAAAAACGCAAAGUCAUGCCAUCUUUGCAAACAAGGAGCCACCGCCCAAGUUAACAGAGGUGAUAACUGUGACCUCAAAGAAUGGUGACGGGAGUCAAGAAAGCUGCUCCUGGCUUAUAAGUUCUUGCCUAGGAACUGGCAAUUCCUUUCAGCUGGCAACCAGUGAUCUGAACAAACCGGUACACAGUGCAAUGCCUUGGAGAGGUUCCCAUGAAUACACAAAUGGAAACGUCAUGCUUCAGGCCGAAGAAAUGUAUGGUGAGGAAUACAAGUUUAUCGCAGGGUCCUCAAGGCCAAUCCUAGACGAAAGCGAGGGACUUGGCUGUGGAAAACUAAACAAGCAAACGCGAGAUCUUUUUGGCUUUGGUUGCCGUAAACCAUCAUUCCAAGAAGUUCUUAACCAGUUGGACCAUGCUAUUCAGGCAACACUGCACUCACCCGGUGAAGCCAAUAGUUUUGAAUAUGUUUUCCAUAGCAUAUAUGAUUUCUUUCAAGAACUUCUUUCGGAAAAAGAUGGUGAGGAGAUUGUUGAAGAGUUGAAAGAUAGAUGUUGGAUACUUACCCAAGGAAAAUGUCUCUCGUCCGACCAGCUUGCUUUCAAGUGGGAAAGAUCUGGCGAACCUUACCUUUACGAGGUACCAAAGACUCUCGCCGACAAAUAUCGUCGCCUGUUUCAAGCCACAGGAGUAAAAGAUUUUUUUUCCACCGAAGACGUCAUUCGUACCCUUUACAGACUCAGCGAGGAUAAGUGCGGGGAGUGUCUAUCUGCGACAGAAUUCAAAGUUACAAGGUCUUUCAUCGAGGAGCUGUUAGAAGCUCCGGAGCAUCUACUUCAAAUUGAGAAGGGCAAGAUUCCUUUACCAGACCAUAACCUGUUUCUACAGCCCGCUGAGAAAUUGGCCAUUAAUGACGCACCGUGGAUCACAGCAAGACGUGGUACCGCCUAUGUUCACGAGCACAUUUCCAUCGAUUUUGCCUACAAGCUGGGCGCGACUGAUAUUCGCGCAAAGAAACUAGCUGACAAAUCACGUCCAAUCGGAAAGCCAUUCGGCCAGCGAGAGGAGCUAACUGAUCGUUUGAAAGGUAUUUUAAAAGCCUAUCCAUGUGACGUUGGGAUACUGAAAGAGCUUGUCCAAAACGCUGACGACGCGGGUGCCACCGAGUUGCACUUUAUUUACGACCCUCGAAGCCAUCCCUCGGAACGCCUUUUAAGUAACAACUGGAAGGAACUUCAAGGACCUGCCUUGUGCGUAUAUAACAACCGACCAUUCUCAGAAAAGGAUUUAGAAGGGAUUCAAAGACUGGGAAUUGGAAGUAAAACGGAAGAUCCCACAAAGACGGGACAGUACGGGAUUGGUUUUAACGCUGUGUACCACCUAACCGAUUGUCCAAGUUUUAUAUCGAAUGGAGACACGCUUUGUAUUCUUGACCCUCACUGUCGCUAUGCCCCUGGAGCAUCUAAAGAGAAUCCCGGGCGUCUUAUCGGACCGAUUGGAGAAGAAGAACGAUCCGACUACCGGGAUAUGUUUCCUGGUUAUCUAGAGAACUUUUUUGAUUUAACAUCGGCAACCCUCUUCCGUUUUCCCCUUAGGAACAAGAAAAUUUCAGCAGAGUCAUCUAUAUCUCAAAAGCAGAUUUCCCACACAGAAAUGAUGUUCUUUAUGAACUUGUUCACUCUUGAAGCAAAGGAAAUCCUCUUGUUUUUGAACCACGUGAAGAAAAUAACCCUCUCUGAAAUUAAAGACGACCAGCUAAAAGAAAUCUACUCGGUUUCUGCACAAUUGACAGAUGAAGACGCUGCACAGCGAGUGAAACUUGCAAAUCACAUUAAAAACUCCAAGGCUCUAACGACGAAUGAGAUUGAUUGGCUUGGGAUCACGUACCUCCUAUUGAUUCAGGAACGAGAAGUACAAGAAAAAUGGCUCAUUCAUCAAUGUAUUGGUCUGCAGACAAGUGAAGAAACUAAAGAAGUUCCAGACGGUCGAGGUUAUGGUCUGCUACCUCGCGGUGGUAUAGCAGCCAAAGUGGCCGAGAAAUCAAAGUCCCUUUCCAGUGACAGAAAGGAACCUAAACACAAGGCCUUUUGCUUUCUGCCGUUACCAUUAGAUACAGGACUUCCAGUUCAUGUCAAUGGUCACUUCUAUUUGGAUUCCGCACGGCGAAACCUGUGGCGCGAUGAAAAUGAAGAAAAAGGGUUUGGGAGCAAAUGGAACCAUUUCAUUAUUACUGGGGUCCUGGCCCAAGCUUACGUCUCACUUAUGUUGGUGGCACGUGGUCUAUUGCCUGGGCUGAAAAACGCGGAGGUCGAUUUCUUUCCCAAAGAGUACAAACUCCACGAAGGAAUGCGAUGGUAUCACCAUCUCUUUCCACACUUCGAUUCUGUCCAUAGCCAAUGGACAGUUCUGGCCGAGGCAGUAUUUCAGAAGAUUUGCAGCCAAGACCAGAAGUUACUGCCGCUGACGAAGAAAACGUUGGAGACAUUUGAAGUUUCUCCACAGAGGUCUGAUGAAUCUGGUGCUAAAGGAGUGACUCAGUGUUUUUGGUUACCUCCUUCACAAGGUUUUUUCGACACAAUGAUGUUCAGGAGUGAAUCCGAUAACAAACUUAAGAAAAUUCUGCUGACAGUGGGCUUCAAGCUUUUAUACUCUUCCCACAGAGUCUUCAACGACUUCAUGAAAGCAGGUACUACGGUGAAAGAGAUCACGCCCCAGGUAGUUGUCCAGUUUCUAAAGGAACAUCCAAGCAAUAUUGGCAAUAUUCCUCGUCCUGUUGGCGAGACGAAACUUGGUUCUGUGGUGAGUGUGCUCUUACUCCUCAGCUACUGCAUGAAAGCACCUUCGUUUCCGAAAGAAAUGUUUGGAUUGCCACUGUUACUGACUGAGGAUAACGUACUUAGGCGUUUUCAGAAAGAUGACCAAGUGUUUCUGAGCCUUUUCGCCGAUUUGGUACCAAAUCAUCGUUCUCGAUUUAUCCAUCACGCAUUGGCUACAAGUCUGCUUGACAUCGAGACAAAAAUCUUUGCCGCGAAUCAAGGUGUUCUCAAGGAAUUUGACGUCUCCGCAUUAGCCUCCCUCCUUCCAAGUACUGCAAAUGGCAGCUGGUAUGAAACAAAUACUCUGAUUCCAUGGGAGCCAGAUAAAGAGCCGUCCAAAACCUGGCUACAGCGACUGUGGGAGUUCUUAUCAAAGAUCCACAAAAAAACAGAGAAGACCAUUUCCCUUGACCCCUUAGGAAAAUGGCCCAUCCUUCCAACACUAUCGAGGAAUCUAGCUCCAGUCUCCAGAGGUAAAGUAAUCCUCGACUUGACCACUUCAGACUCUUGGUCACCCGGCCAAAGACGUGUUGUCACUUUACUGCGGAAGCUAAAAUGUCAUGAAGUUGAUAUAGAGCUUAUCACUAGGGAUGGCAGGUGGGAUGUAUCAACCAUACUUAAACCGUAUCUAUCCUACCCCAACUCAUCGCAAGACAUACUCAGAGUAUUGGACUACCUGAUGAAUGAAGGUGAUAUCUCCGGUUGUCUUUCCGAGGAUGAAAUGGUCUCAAUGCUGCAGUUUUUUCAAGAUGACGUAACACCUUUGAAACAGGACCAUGCAUUUAUAUCGAUCGUUAGACGAUUGCCAUUUUUCAAGACUUUCCACGGAGAAUUUGUCCGCCUUGACAGUGUUGGAUCGGUUAAUGUCAUCCCAGAAGGCUUACCAAUUGACGAGUCAGAUGUCUGGAUGAGAGGAAACAACUGUGUGUUUUUAGCACCUGCACCCAAGCUGGACCGCCUGUACAAGGAACUUCUCGGUGUGGGUGAUAAAACACAUACAGAUUGUUACAUCAAUUUCAUCUUCCCACAGUUUCCAGAUCUUACGCAGGCAACACGAAUGCGUCACCUCAACUACGUUAGACGGUAUUUACUGCUCCCAUAUAGCAGUGACAUCCAACACAACAGAGUUUUAAGUGCACUAAGAACCUUGGCAUUCAUUCCAGACGCCAACGGAACACCGCGAACUGCUUCACAUUUUCAUGAUCCAGGCGUGAAAGUCUUUGCAGUUAUGUUACCACGUGAAGCAAAGCCGCCAGAUCCAUUUGAUGAGAAAUCCGGUUGGUUGGACCUCCUUCGCAAAGUUGGUCUUAAGCAGGAGGUCAGUAAAGAUACAUUUCUGGAGUUCUCAAAAGAAGUGACCAAACAAGCAGAGAACACGAGCAAGAAAUCUCACGGUGAGUUGGAAAAAAAGUCUCGAGUUCUCGUUACACACCUUUUUAACAACGUGUCCUUGCACGAUGUUACCUAUCUUCGGACACUCUCGACACUAAAGUUUGUGGCCUCUUCAAAGGCUAGCGACGAGCUUUGCUCUCUUCACAGACAGCAUCUGUCUUCAGGACAAGGUAAGGAUGGAAUUAUUCCAUUUAUUCACUUUCACAGUUCACUGCCAGACACCUUUGAAAGACUGACCUGGACGGCUACAUCUCUUCUUCCUUCCUGGGCUGUUCCAAACACUACCUUGCCAAAGCUGAAGAGCCUUGGAGUUCUAGAGGAACCUUCUCUUGAACAGGUUGUUGCUCAUGUCACAAAACUGUCGCAAAGCCUUUUAAAGGACGUUGACCGAGAGCAACCACAACCAAAACGUCACCUUUUGAGUCAAGUCAUGGUUGAAGUGUACACAUUCCUUCAACGUGUAAGCAGUUGCCAGAAAAGUGACUCCCUUGACUCGUGCUCGCAAGUGUGCCACGAAAUUGGAAAACGACUGUCUGAAAUUUCUUUCAUUCUCGUUGAAGAUGGCCGAGUGUUUGUCCGUUGUGACCAGCUGGCGUUUCGCCUUGAUGAGCAACUACCACCAUACCUGUACAGAGUUCCUCGAGAAUACGGGAUUUUUGAGCACUUGUUCAAACGCCUUGGAGCAAUGGAGGAAGCUAGCCCCGUGCAGUUUGCCAAACUCCUUAGUCGUCUCAGAGAAUCAUGUCAAGAGGAGAAGAUGCAUGCCAAUGAACUUCGAGUCGCAAAACAUGCUGUUUUCGGACUAUUUUGUACUCUAAAGGCCAUAAAAGACCGCAAUGGAGAAGGCCGGCAAGACAACCCUCUAGCUGACAUCAAAACUCUGUACCUUCCAAGUAGUGAACAGAAGCUUCAAUGUUCUACAAACCUGGUCCUGUUUGAUUGCCCGCAAUACACGUCUCGUAUACCACAUUCGAUGUUUGAGUUCCUCGAUGCACUCCACAGAUAUAAUUUAAAGUUUGCCACUCCUCGCCAAAUUAUCGAUCUUUUGCCGGUUCACCUAAAGACGCAAUCCUUGGCAUCAUUAGUGAGGGAAGAACUCCAUCCAGAGAGCAGGGAUAAGAAGUGCCGCGCUGACACCGAGAAGAAAUGUCAGAAUGCAAAUCACCUCCGCCAGAUAUUGUUUUGUCCUCAGCUUGUGGAUGGCAUUUUGAGAAUCCUAAAGUUUCAGUUCCAGAAAGCCAAAUUGACGGAGGACGUCCGUAACAACGUUCGCAGUUUUCAAAAGGAGCUAAGCAUAAGUUGCAUGGAAGAGCUGUCCACCGAGUUAGUUGAAAAUGGAACAAAUACUCCAAUUUCAGAGAGUCGUAAAUCAACGCGCAUGGAUUGUUUUGUGGAGCAGGAGGCAAAUGGCAGAAAGCAUAUUUUUAUCAAACAUGGAGCAGAUCCUAGUGCGGUGCGCAGAGUUCUCUGUAAAGAGAUAAAUCAGCUGACUGGGUGUCACAUCGAUAAAGAGAGCUGGUUGCAUCUAGCAGCUAUUGUAGAUUGUAAGUCUCCUGACAGUAUUUCUUCCGUGCUGGACAACGCUGGUGUCUCCCACGAUGCGGAAGCAGGUGACACCCCACAGUUGGAACCUGAUCUUGGCUCAGAGAUACCAGAGGAGCUCCACGAACUUCUGGUACAGUAUGACGACUUUUAUUUUCGACCGGGUGAAUUUGUUGCAUUUGAAAGAGAAGACUCGACCGACGAGGAACCGAAGUACAUAUAUGCGCAAAUCAUUCACAAGCUUAACACGCCGCAUCUUGCUAAAUCCAAAAAGGACAAGACAAAGAGAAAACAGAGAGGAGAGAGCAACCUUCUUAGCAGGUACCUUGUAGACAUCGGUAGUGAGAAGAAAGAGGUGGAUGUGCUAGAUCUUUACAAGAUCAAACGGCCACGACAGAUUCACGACGAAGAAGACAAAGAAAUGGAGGAGGAAUCUCUCUCGGAUACAAUGGAACUUGUGCCUUACGCAGGAAGCAGUGGCCAAAAUCCAGGGGAAGCAAGAGCGCAAUCAUCAACAUCUUCCCAAGGUGCAAACGAACCUCCCAAGCCAAGAACGUUGGAAAACGCCUUAAAAGAAGUGAGAAAAGCUUUGGCUGAAAUUCGUAAACUUCCGGAAGACAAACAGAAAAAGGCAAUUAGACGUCUUUUCCUUCGAUGGCACCCUGACAAGAACAUGGACAUGCAAGAAAUUGCAAAUGAAGUGAUGAAGUUCAUACAAAACGAGGUCGAAAAGUUCUCAAAAGAAUCCGGUUGGUUGGACCUCCUUCGCAAAGUUGGUCUUAAGCAGGAGGUCAGUAAAGAUACAUUUCUGGAGUUCUCAAAAGAAGUGACCAAACAAGCAGAGAACACGAGCAAGAAAUCUCACGGUGAGUUGGAAAAAAAGUCUCGAGUUCUCGUUACACACCUUUUUAACAACGUGUCCUUGCACGAUGUUACCUAUCUUCGGACACUCUCGACACUAAAGUUUGUGGCCUCUUCAAAGGCUAGCGACGAGCUUUGCUCUCUUCACAGACAGCAUCUGUCUUCAGGACAAGGUAAGGAUGGAAUUAUUCCAUUUAUUCACUUUCACAGUUCACUGCCAGACACCUUUGAAAGACUGACCUGGACGGCUACAUCUCUUCUUCCUUCCUGGGCUGUUCCAAACACUACCUUGCCAAAGCUGAAGAGCCUUGGAGUUCUAGAGGAACCUUCUCUUGAACAGGUUGUUGCUCAUGUCACAAAACUGUCGCAAAGCCUUUUAAAGGACGUUGACCGAGAGCAACCACAACCAAAACGUCACCUUUUGAGUCAAGUCAUGGUUGAAGUGUACACAUUCCUUCAACGUGUAAGCAGUUGCCAGAAAAGUGACUCCCUUGACUCGUGCUCGCAAGUGUGCCACGAAAUUGGAAAACGACUGUCUGAAAUUUCUUUCAUUCUCGUUGAAGAUGGCCGAGUGUUUGUCCGUUGUGACCAGCUGGCGUUUCGCCUUGAUGAGCAACUACCACCAUACCUGUACAGAGUUCCUCGAGAAUACGGGAUUUUUGAGCACUUGUUCAAACGCCUUGGAGCAAUGGAGGAAGCUAGCCCCGUGCAGUUUGCCAAACUCCUUAGUCGUCUCAGAGAAUCAUGUCAAGAGGAGACGAUGCAUGCUAAUGAACUUCAAGUCGCAAAACACGCUGUAUUUGGACUAUUUGUUUCUCUAAAGGCCAGAAAAGACCGCAAUGGAGAUGAUCGGCGAGACAAUCCGCUGGAUAAGAUCGAAACUCUUUACCUUCCAAGCAGAGAUCAAAAGCUCCAACGCUCUACAAACCUGGUCCUAUUUGAUUGCAUUAAGUACCAGUCUCGUAUACCACAUUCUAUGUACGAGUUCCUCGAUACAUUGAAAAAAUACAAUUUAACAUUUGCCACACCUCGCCAAAUUGUUGAGCUUCUGCCAGUUCACCUACAAGUUCAGUCCUUGGCAUCAUUAGUGAGAGAAGAACUUCAUCCAGAGUGCAGGGAUAAGAAGUGCCGGGCUGACACCGAGAAGAAAUGCCAGAAUGCAAAUGACCUCCGCCGAAUAUUGUUUUCUCCUGAGCUUGUGGAUGGCAUCUUGAGAAUCUUAAAGUUUCAGUUCCAGAAAGCUAAACUGACAGAGGAUGUCCGUAACAACGUUCGCAGUUUUCAAAAGGAGCUAAGCAUAAGUUGCAUGGAAGAGCUGUCCACCGAGCUAGUUGAAAAUGGAACUAAUACUCGAAUUUCAGAGAGUCGUAGAUCAAAGCACAUGGAUUGUUUUGUGGAGCAAGAGGCAAAUGGCAGAAAGCACAUUUUCAUCAAACAUGGAGUAGAUCCUAAUGAGGUGCGCAGAGUUCUCUGUAAAGAGAUAAACCAGCUGACGGGGUGUCAAAUUGAUAACGAGAGCUGGUUGCAUCUGCAAGCUAUUCUAGAAUGCAAGUCACCUGAUCGCAUUUCUUCCGUGUUGGACAACGCGAGCGUCUCCCAGGACGCGGAAGCAGGUGACACCCCACACUUGGAACCUGAUCUUGGCUCAGAGGUACCAGAAGAGCUCCACGAACUUCUGUUACAGUAUGACGACUUUUAUUUUCGACCGGGCGAAUUUGUUGCAUUUGAAAGAGAAGACUCCACUGACGACGAACCGAAGUACAUAUAUGCACAAAUCAUUCGCAAGCUUAACACGCCGAAUCUUGCUAAAUCAAAAAAGGACAAGACAAAGAGAAAACAGAGAGGAGAGAGCAACCUUCUUAGCAGGUAUCUUAUAGAUAUCGGCAGUGAGAAGAUAGAGGUGGAUGUGCUAGAUCUCUACAAGAUCAAACGACCACGACCGAUUCACGAGGAAGAAGACAAAGAAAUGGAGGAGGAAUCUGUCUCAGACACAAUGGAACUUGUGCCUUAUGCAGGAAGCAGUGGCCAAAAUACAGGAGAAGCAAGAACGCAAUCAUCAACAUCUUCCCAAGGUGCAAACGAACCUCCCAAGCCAAGAACGUUGGAAAACGCCUUAAAAGAAGUGAGAAAAGCUUUGGCUGAAAUUUGUAAACUUCCGGAAGACAAACAGAAAAAGGCAAUUAGACGCCUUUUCCUUCGAUGGCACCCUGACAAGAACAUGGACAUGCAAGAAAUUGCCAAUGAAGUGAUGAAGUUCAUACAAAACGAGGUCGAAAAGUUCUCAAAAGGUGGAUCAGGAGGCCGUGAUGAAGGGUUCGCAAGGGCGCGGCCAGAUUUUUCAGACUUUUUUAGGCAGUGGUAUCAAAGAGGUCGAAGACAACGCUCAAGCUACGAGAAUUUCCGUCGACAUAAUCCGAGAUUCACUGGUUUCACAUCACACUCCAGGAGACGUUACACGGGACCCGACGCACGCUUGUCCAAGAUGUGGAUGCGUCAAAGCAAAGAGGAUAUCCGCUCUGUUGAACAUCUCUUGGCAGCCCGAGAUCCACUGUAUUACCUUGUCUGCUUCCAGUGUCAUCAAGUUGCAGAGAAAGCUCUCAAGGCCGCACUAUACGCCUUCUCCGGAAUCGCGGACAGGCAGCUUAAUACUCACGACUUAGUUCAAUUGGCCUAUGAUCUGUCGUUGCUGCGAGGAGCACCAGAUGUCACUACAUUGGUGGCUAGGCUGUCCGACUACUACGACACCACUCGGUACCCCGACAAACAGGUGCCACCUAAGGUUCCUGCUGAUGUGUUCCAAGAUUCUCAGCAAGCGCAAGAGGCGUUCAGACUCGCCAAAGCAGUGCUGGCUGCAAUAGAACCGUUUGUAGGCGUUUAAAAGACCGCUUUGUUUUCCGACUGCUUAAUAGUCUUAUUCAAGUCGCAACAGACAACUCGAAAAUCAACAAAGUUGUAUCAUCACUUUUGAUUUGUCUUUUAUAAGAAACGGAUUUGUAGCAGUUUAGGUUAGGAACGAAACCUUUUUUAAAGGACCUUGAAAUAGAUGUUAUUUUCCGUGUCCGAAGAAAAACAGCAGCCAGUAAAUUUACAAGUGGCAUAGAAUGAGAAACUGGACUUGAUCAUAAAAUAUUAACCCUUGGUAAACCUCUGAUCAGUGUAGGCUACAUGUAGAACGAUUUUGCUUUGAUGCAAAUAAUUCAUUACAAGGUUUGCAACAGAAACAUUGUCAGUACGUCUUAACUGUGUCUGUUGCAUUCAUGGGAUAGGAGGAUAUGUAAUACUCAUGAUAAUUUUAGCAAUACUCAGUACGCUCGAGCCAAUCAAGUUUGUUUGCCGAGCAUUAUAGUUGUGAAAGUAUUCAGAGUGAACAUCCUCUUCUCGACAGGAAAGGUUACGUUAAGGAAGUAAUCGUACAACUGCUUUUUUUUAAAUCGUUACUAAUAGCUUGUUUUGGUCGGUUUUGUAACACUUAAAGUCUCUUCGAGGCAGACAGGCAAGCAUCAACAGGCUUUGGUACAGAAAAGGGAAUAGGAUUAGAGCCAUUGCUAUAUAUGCCUUUGUUUUUCAUUAGCAAUAAAAAAGUCAACUAUGUA